AUGAAUCCGUCGUCGAAGCGGCACGCGUACGAGCCGCUGCCGCAGCAGCAGCGCCCCACAAACCUGCCGCCUGCUGAUCAGCAUCGCCGAGUAAGCACAGGCACUGGUCGUGAGAGCCCUGCCCUUCCACCGCUCUCGCCGAACUCGAUGCCUGCGGUGACCAACAUCGCCGAGCCCUCCUCAGGUCCCGUCCUCAUCUCCACCUCGGCAGCGUCGUCGACUCUGGUGCCCAUUUUUCAAGGGCGGGCGGGUUCUGCAGCCGCUUCAAGAGGUGGCGGUGACGGCAAUUCUGAAGUGCACCCUCGUCCCGCAGAGGUAAGCCAAACCUACCCCGGGGCGUUCACCACGGCCCCGCAGUCCAUGGCGCUGGCGGUGGUGCCCUUCACGGGCACUAGCGGUGGUGGGAUGGGCAGUGACAGCGUCGGCGUCAGUGCACCGCCACGUUGUGACCCGAGAGUGGGCAGUCCCGACGAGGAAGGGAAGAUCACGGGUGGUGGCGAUGACGUUGGCUACUACUCUGGGCCCUCCCCGUAUGGCAAGCUGGCCCCGUUGUCGCUGAGCACGGAGCGAGUGUGUCCGCACUGCCUUCGGCCAUACGAUGUCUUUGACGACGGCGAAGGCGUCUUCGAUCCGGCGACAUUCUUCUGCGUGGGUGCGAUGGCGAGGCCAUCGUCGAUGCAGCCCUCACCAAGCCAUCCGAAACUCCUCCCGCCGCCGUCGCAGGAGGGGAAUGAGCAGCAGAACCAGAAACCAUCGACGUCCCCGCGCUUAUACACUGACGGCGCAGGGGAUGGUGGCGGUGCUGCUGGGCAGCUGUUGUACAGCAGGAGCACCACGGCCGCUGGGCUCGAGGAUAGCACCAGUGAUGGCGCCAACCGCAGCGGCAACUACAUCACAGCCGUACAUCCACCAGCUGCUGCGUUCACCUCACAUUACUUCCGUGCGCUCCCCCCACCCUCGUUCAUCAUAGCGGCGGGAGCCCGCGGCCCAUCGGCACCGCUUGCCAUCGAGGACUACCACCCAUCACCGCUGCUCGAUAGCCCGAGAGGCGAGGAGGAGGAAGUGAGACAGUCGUUCGCACUGGCUCCCGCGCCUGCCAGUGACAGCGGUGAUGGAAGUGGUCACUCAAGUGGGACGCUGGUGUGCAAAGUAGCUGCCGUGCCGCACUACUCCUACGUGUGGCCCAUCACCUGCACACAGAUGCGCUCGCAGGUGCAACUGCUGCAGCAGGAUGACGGCAGCGAGAAGACGGCGGCAGAGGUGGAGGGCGGGAAAGAGGAGUCGCCGUCGUGCGAAAGCAGUUCGCCAGCCUUCUCUCCCACCGCUGGGGCGCCGUCGCCGAACAAUGGCUACUACCGUCAUUACUUCAAGGAGCUCCGUCAGCUGGGCCGCGGCACCUACGGAGGGGUCUACCUCUGUCGCCACAUUAUGUGUGGCGUUAACCUCGGCGAGUUCGCUCUUAAGAAGAUUCCAGUCGGUGACAAGGUCACCUACCUGCAGUCGGUGUUGCGUGAGGUGCGCAUUCUCGAGGAGGUGCGGCGACACCCCAACGUGGUCGAGUACAAGCACAGCUGGGUGGAGGAGGCGCAGCUCGCCGACUUUGGCCCGCCUGUGCGCUGUCUCUUCAUCUUGAUGGAGUACGCUUCCGCUGGCUCGCUCGACGCGUAUCUGGAGCGCUACGGCAACAAUCUCUCCACCCUCGCCGUGUGGUACUUCUUCCUCAGCUCCGUGGCAGGCACGGCUCACCUUCACGAGAAGCACAUUUUGCACCGCGACUUAAAGCCUCAGAAUCUGUUGCUGGCCGCGGCGAAGGACCGUCCGCCACGGGUGCUGGUCAGCGACUUUGGCACGGCGGCGCUGCUGGAUGACAUCUUGUAUGACCGGUCCGGUGGCACGGGCACCCUCGAGUACAUGGCGCCGGAGCUCCUCGAGACAACCGCCUCUCCACGCGGCACCAACGAGCAGUACGUAAACCAUCACACAAUGGCCUCCGACGUGUGGUCGCUGGGGAUGGUGCUGCACUACCUCGCCUUCGAUGGCACGCUGCCGGAGCGACACGAGGACGGCAGUGUCAACCUCGACAAGGCACGCCACUCGGCGAACGCCAGACCCCCUGAAAUGCUCAGACUGCUGGAGGCCAUGUUGCAACUCGAUCCCGCAAAGCGGCCGCGCUGCAGCGACAUCCUCGGCUCCCCAAUGAUGCAGUCCAUCAUGCGCAUCUUCAACAAGGAUGACCAUACCCAGUGGGACCUCUCCAUCCAGCGGCAGCAGCAGCUCUCGGCUACCUCGUCGUCCGCGAUUCUCCCGUUGGAGCGCCCCCCUCGCCAACCGGUGCCGGCACCAGCGUCCAGGAGUACACCACUCAAUGUUCUAGAGGCCCCCAGCAUCGAUGACAGCAGAUCGCCCUGCGGCGUUCCCAGCCGCAACACUUUUGCGCCCAUCUCCACCUCUUCACAGGGACGUGGCGUGCGGGCCAACCGCACAAAUAUGGAGGACAAGAGCAACGCACUUCAAAGCAGCCGUGUCGAGCUCCUCUCAGCGUCAACGUUGGUGGAUCUGUCAACGGCGAUGGCGCGUGCCGGGAGCAGCAGCAGCAGCAACGGUAGCCCCUUCACAAUAAAGUUGCCUCCGCCGCGCCCUCCAUCUACUGCGGUCUCCCAGCAUAGCCGACAGCAGCAACAACGCGCGCAUGUAGUGGCCAGUUUACCUCAGACCCUAGCCUCCUUCAACACCUCCCAGUUUUCAGACUCACCAUCGCCACGCAGGGUCAACGUCGGCGUGCAAACCAAACCGGUGGUGAUAGUGGAGGAGCAGCAACGGCACACAUAA